UCAACUUCAAAAUCUGAAGUUCUCAACCCUAGUACCCAAUUUCACUGAUUCUUCCGGCGGAGCACCACGGGCGCCGCCGUAUCCACCGCCACCAGUAUACACACUUUCCCCUUCAUACCCAUAUUUUUAAAAUGGCAAUUAGAGCCAUUUCAAGACUAAAAGUUCCUUCUUUGCUCCUUAAACACCUUUCAGUUUCUCCAUUACCAUCAGUUUCUUCCACCUUAACAUCUUCUUCUGCGUGUUGUACAUCAUGGGUUCCGGAGUUUUCUAGAAGUUCAGUGAGGGUUGUGAGGUGGUACCAUGAUGGAAGACCGAGAGGGCCACUUUGGAGGGGAAAGAAAUUGAUUGGAAAAGAAGCACUUUUUGUGAUUCUUGGGUUAAGGAGAUUCAAAGAUGAUGAAGAAAAGCUUGACAAGUUUGUUAAAACGCAUGUCCUUAGGCUUCUUAAAAUGGAUAUGAUUGCUGUCCUCAAUGAACUUGAACGCCAAGAAGAAGUCUCUCUUGCUGUUAAGGUGUUUUGGGUAAUUCAGAAACAAGCCUGGUAUCAACCCGAUGUCUAUCUUUACAAGGACCUGAUCAUUGCGUUGGCGAGACGGAGAAAGAUGGAUGAUGCAAUGAAGUUAUGGGAGAGUAUGAGAAAGGAAGAUUUAUUUCCUGAUUGUCAGACAUUCACUGAAGUUAUUAGGGGCUUCUUGAGAGACGGAUCUCCUGCAGAUGCGAUGAACAUAUUUGAGGACAUGAAAAAGUCUCCACACCCACCUGAGGAGCUGCCUUUCAGGGUUUUACUGAAGGGACUUUUGCCACAUCCCCUAUUAAGAAACAGGGUUAAGCAAGACUUUGAGGAGAUUUUUCCGGAUCGGCAUAUAUAUGAUCCUCCAGAAGAGAUUUUCGGAUUACGUUGAGGCUUUCAUAAAACAGAGCCAUACGGUUGUCUUUGUUGCCGCACAAAUAUUAUAUUAGUGGAGAGGAGCAUGAUAUCCUGCUUAGGAAAAAGCUUAUUCCACCUUGAUAUCUUGUAGUAUCCAAAUGCUGAUACUGAGUAUCCGUGUUUCUUGCUAUCCUUUGUCCCCGAAUAAUAUGGAAUUUGUCAACGAGUGAUUGUUCUUAUGGUUUUAUUGGACCAGACAUGUUGAAGUUCAAGAAAUUUAUCUUAGGCUCUUCGUCCCGCUGCUCCAUUCACAUGGGAAAGUUCCAAUAUUGGUACUAAUGUGCACUUGGGAAAUAAAUUUUCUCAUCAAUCUCUGGAGUUCCAUAUUUUUCCUCUUGGGAAACUUGUUCAGAGUUAAGUUAUUAUUGUUUAGGUAGCUCAAUAGUAUGUUUUUGUACCUUUUUUUGAGAUUUUGGUUGUUGCCAUUAUAGUUGUAAAGGUGCCUAUGACAUUUAAAAUGUAGAAUGAUGUUACAUUUGGUUACAAAA